GCAAAACAGAGCAAGUAAAGACCACUUGUUUAAUGCUAGUACCAUUUAUGGUGCUCCUUUAAACAAGAGGGACUUGUUUACACGAUAUGUAUGCCAAACUCAAGUUAGAAGACAGCCAGGGCAACGAGAAACUGCGUCCAUUGUGGCUCGACGACAGAGACCGCGCGUCCUAUUAUAUACCGAGGCUUCUGAGCCAAAAUGGCGACGAAAGCGAAGCGGUUUUCUGCCGUGGUGUCCGCGACUUGGGAAAGUCAAUGGCAAGAAAGCCGCGAUGCGCUUAUUUGAACUGAGCAGUAGUUGACAGCAUUUUUAGAAGGCAUACUGAAGGUGAAGUGUGUGCCAUAAAAGAUAGUCGUGGACUUCACCUCCCGCCGAUCGCUUUGCCCGGCGUCGGAGGCGCUCGUAAGUCGGGCUGGGUGUCACGUGACUUGAACAGAGCCCAGCUGCCCAAUUCCAAUAUGGUGGUCGGGUCGGUAGGCUUACGUUUCUUGUUGAUGAUAUUGUUCUCUUGUGGGUUUGGGUUCGGCACCUACGGCCAGCAAGCCCCGGAGGUUUUGGGUUUGCGACUGGAGGAGCCCAAGACUGGAGUUUCUAUGAAGGGGCGGGACGUCUCUGCGCCGUACGGUGUCUCUUUUCGGCUGCGAUUGUUCGGCUUCUAUCUGGUUAAUGGGACUUGGCCGUGGGUCGCUUUCGCUGAAGCUACGAGGGAGACUAACACGGACCCGUGUGAGGAGGAGAGCCGCCGGACCUCGGCCGAGUUCCAAGUCAGCGACUUCCAGGCGGCCGAUAAUCAUAGCGGGCUUAUAACCGUGCAGACGAAGAAAAGCAUCUCCUCUGCGCUGGACGGCGAGCAGAAGAGCAAUCCCAAAUACCAUAAGUUGUGCAUUUUAAAAGGCGUUAACUGGGUAUCGGUCGGAGCGGAAAGAUUACAUAUUGUCGAGAAUACAUCUGGGCCGUUUCUCCCUGCGUGGGGAUAUGCCCUGUGCAUAGUCCUGCUGAUCAUUGCAUGUAGCGUGUUUAAAAUCCUGAACCUGAGCCUGCUUUGGCUUGAUCCUUUGGAGCUCUACGUGUUGCACAGUUGUGGUUCUGAGGAGGAGAAGCGAGCUGCGAAGCGCCUGGAACCCCUAAGGAGACGUGGUAAUUUCCUGAUAUGCUCCUUGCUGUUUAUCUGCGCAUUGGGCCAUGCUGCACUUGGGAUACUCUUCUACCACGUCUUAGGGUGCAUCAUCUCUGCUAUAUUUGCAUGCGGCGCCCUUACUUUUCUGGUGGCUGAACUGCUACCGCACAUCAUAUGCUCCGGGUAUGGGUUCCAACUCGCACCAAACAUGACAUGGAUCGCCCAGAUCUGCAUGGUGCUGACUUGCCCUUUGUCUUGCCCCCUGGGGCUACUGUUGGAUUUGAUAUUGCGCAGAGACAUCAGCACUUGCAACAUACGUGAGAAGACCAUGGAGAUGAUCAGAACUAAUGUCAACGACCCCUACAACGAAUUUGUUAAGGAGGAGUUCAGCAGAGGUGCUCUCAGGACCAAAACAGUGGAGGACAUCUUGACUCCCCUGAAAGACUGUUUCAUGCUUCCCUCCACCGCCGUUUUGGACUUUGGGACCAUGUCGGAGAUCAUGCAGAGUGGCUACACACGAGUUCCCGUUUAUGAAGAAGAGCGCUCCAACAUUGUGGAAAUUCUGUAUGUUAAGGACCUGGCACUGGUUGACCCUGAGGACUGUACGCCCAUGAGUACGAUCACCAAGUUCUACAACCAUCCCCUGCACUUUGUCUUCAAUGACACCAAACUGGAUGCCAUGCUGGAGGAGUUCAAGAAAGGAAACUCCCACAUGGCCAUCGUGCAAAAGGUGAACAAUGAGGGUGAGGGUGACCCCUUCUAUGAGGUCCUGGGCCUGGUUACGCUGGAGGACGUCAUCGAGGAGAUCAUCAAGUCGGAGAUCCUGGACGAGUCUGAUGGCUACAUGGAGACGAAGGUGAAGCGGCCCCUUGCUCCUCUGGAGAUAGCCCUGGAGCCCAAGUCCUGCCACGAGGAGUUCUCCCUUUUCAAAAUGCCGGAUGGGGAGCCCAGGAUCCGCACUUCGCCGCAGCUGCUGCUGGCCACGCACCGCUUCCUCUCCCGGGAGGUGGAGCUGUUCAGCCCGCAGCGCGUGUCUGAGAAGGUCCUCUUCCGCCUGCUGCAGCACCCCAGUGUCAACCAGGAGGUGAAGUUUGACCCUGGCAACAAACUGCGACCAGAACACUACCUGUACACCCGCAACCACCCGGUGGACUAUUUCGUUCUGCUGCUGCAGGGACGUGUGGAGGUGGAGAUUGGGAAAGAAGCAUUGAAGUUUGAGAACGGGGCCUUCACGUACUAUGGUGUCUCAGCCCUGACAGCUCCCUCAUCAGUGCACCAGUCUCCAGUGCCCACUCAGCGCCGCUCGCCCCGUGAUCCGUUUGAGCUUGGGGAGGCUGCCAGCCCAUCCAGCUACUGUCCAGACUACACUGUCCGUGCUCUCACAGACCUGCAGCUCAUCAAAGUGACACGGCUGCAGUACCUGAAUGCCCUCAUGGCCUCCCGAGUGACUCAGAGUCCCGAUCCACCCGAGAUCAAGAUCCUGCCAAACAGCCAGACCAAGCUGCUGAACGAGCGGAACACCAACCCUGAGUUUCCUGCCCACUUAUCUUUCUUUGACAAAAUUGAGAACUACUGUUAGUGUACGUUGCAUGAGGUGGAAGCAAGAGCAAGGACAUCACCGCAGAAGAGGAAAGUCACGGAUAGGGCAACCAACCAAAACCCUCCUCCUGCUCUCUCUCGUCCUGUAAAUUUGCUUGUAUGACCCUAUAUGAGAGGGUGAUUUUAGAGAUUUUAGAAUUUAAAAAAAUGUCCUUUAACAGUGAGACUCUGGUGGGAGGAGGAGGUGUUGGGGUCAGAACCCAAGCAUUAGUCACUUUGUCCUUCAUUAGGCAAGAGGAUGGGAGUGGGAGCCUGCGGUGGUCUGUGGGGGCCUGCGGUGGUCUGUGGGGGCCUGCAGUGGUCUGUGGGGGCCUGCGGUGGUCUGUGGGGGCCUGCGGUGGUCUGUGGGACUCCUCUGCCUGACCGCCCCCUUUCAGCACUGCAUUACUGUGUCCAUCAUAGAUUAUUAUUUUAGCCUUUAACACCAAGAGGCAAGUGUGUGAUGAAAUGCUCUCGCUAGAGUCGAUUUUUGGGUGGUAAAACUGGAUUUGCAUGCAUAGCAGUGCUUUGUUUGCAUGCGUGUGAGAUCCUGGGCUUACACCCACUCCUGUUUUUAACAGCUAGGGGUCAGCUCUAUUCCUGUGCGUACUGACGUGUGUGUGUGUGUGUGUGUGUGUUCCGGCCCUUUCUACAGUGUAUUGAGUCUCUCUAACCACAGUUACUCUAUCAGAUUGAUCUGUAGUUUGAGAUGCACGAAAAAAAUAGUGCUCAAUGGGCAGUUUGCACAACUUUUUUUUUUUUUUCAUGGAUUUACGGUACCUUUGCUUUCAGGUUCUAAUAACCACCACAGUUUUAUUUCUGGUUAUUAAUUGGAAAGUUCACAAAGCAAUAGACUGGAAGUAUUAAUACUCAUUCUUACUGGAAAGCCACAGGUACAUACUAUUUUGGGCUUUGUGCAAGUAAAGCUUUUUUUGGAUGAUGGGGGUGUUUUAUAUCAUGAGCUUUCUGAAUGCCCACUGGCCCUAUCUAAUCUAUCCCAGUGUCCUUGCUUCAUGUACUGUAUAAUUUACAUUUUUUCCCUUUGUCUCCCCCCCCCCCCCUACUUGCCACAUCAAACUCAUCACCUCUCUUCACAGAAACAGGUGGUGCUGUCUAAGGUUUCAUAUCAGUACAUUUGUACAGCAACAUGUGCCAACACAUGCUGCAGAAUGCAUUGCCUUUCAGUUUGGCCAAUGAGACUUUGCCAGUGUGUGUGUGUGUGUGUGUGUGUGUGUGACAGAGAGAGGGCUUUAAAUGCACAUUCCAGCUUUCUUUAUGGGAUUUUCUCUCUCCAGCAUUUCUUGUCCGUGUGAGAGGUGAGAGAAAGAAUACUAGAGGCUGUCAGUGUUGAGUCUUAAAUGACAUCAGGAAGAUAUUUCACUGCUUGCAAGAUUCACCAUGGAUGUUUAUGUAUAAUAUCAUAUAUAACAUUUAUCAGUAUAAAUGUUGUAUAUAAAAUGUAUAAAUAAAGUUUUUGUUUUAAUAUCCGAACUGCAAGGGCACCGUUAAGAGGCGUGUUAGUACCUGUAUUGUAUGCUGCACAAGCCAGAGGGGUUCAGGCCAAAGCUACAUCCUGUUGUUUUUUUUUUUUGUUUUUUUUUUUUUAAUAGUGUUUUGAAUUACUUUGCCUAUAAUGAACAAGUAUUACAUAAUUAACUUUGUGAUUCCAAGUAAAUACUUUUUUUUUUUUUUUUUUUUGCUGUUGAAAUGUUUGCUCUGCUGUAGAAAUUCAUUCAUAUUGUAUCUAAGGAAUGAAUAUAUGUUGUAAAGGAAUAGUCAAAAUGCUGGUUUUUGAGAAGGUAGAAUUUGCUGUAUAUUAAUAUAUAAAAACAAACAUAUAUGAUAGAAAUGAAAAUUGAAAAUACUAAUAGUUAUAGAAGUGUUUUCAGGUAUAAUGAUAUGUUACCAGGGGAAAAAACCAUAUUAUUUUUUACCAACUACUACUCUUGUUCUUAGAGUAACUUUUUGUUGUAAAAUUUCUCAUUUUUCUAGAGUUUCACAGGUUCUGUGUGCAUAAUACAAUUGCAAUGGAUUACUUCAAGGUCAAAAUGUCUCAUAGGAAAUAAAUGGAAACCCAUAUCAAUUUU